AUGCGCAAGGGAUCUCAACUAAUUGAUACCAUUCUUCAUCCCCUGUCUGAACUCUCAUCAGUUGCUGCCGGCCAAGGUACAAUAAAUAGCUUCCUCAUCCUUGCAUGGUCUCCUGGCCGAAAUGGCCCCGCCUGGCCUGCGGCUGAGACGCAGUUUCGACUCAGCCUAUUCGCUGGCGUCAUGUCCGUCCGAGUGCUGCAUGAAUCUUUUGCCAUUUGUGAUCUUCUUUUUGUGCCUUGCCCAAGAGGCGUUGUCAACGGCGGCGAUUGGCUGCGGUUCUUCCCCAACUUCUGUUCACGGCACUGCCCAGGACUGGCGCGGCCAAUCCCAAGCUGGGGUGCAGAAUGGCGUGGAAGUCCAUGA